GGCCUGUUUUCUUAUAACAAGUAUCUUUUCUCCUUACAUGGGGGAUGCGUGCCCUGCUAACUAGUGAAGAAGAAAAGCUCUUGUGUAUAGUUUUAUGACCAUACAAUCAGAAAAGCUUGGAUAUAAUGGGGAUGAGUACACGCAGUUCUACCAAUAGGAAACCAAGUGAUAGUAUGAGACUUAUUGUGACAACUUUUGUUGGAAUAGUUUUUGGAUUCUUUAUUGGAGUGUCAUUUCCGGCAUUGAAUACAAAGUUGAAUCUCCCAUCCAGCCUGCUUCCUGUCAUUGACCUUUCUUACAUUCAAGAAAAAUAUGCAGUUCAUGCACCUGCUUCUGUGAAAAAUAAUAAUGGCGACUCAUCACAACAGCAGUUAAUAAAUGAUACGUUGAAGAUAUGGGUUCCAUCAAAUCCAAGAGGUGCAGAAAGAUUACCUCCUGAGAUUAUUGAAGCUGAGACAGACUUUUAUUUGCGUAGAUUGUGGGGUCAGCCCAGUGAGGAUUUAACCAUGAAGCCAAAGUACCUUGUAACUUUCACUGUCGGUUAUAAUCAGAGAUAUAAUAUUGAUGCAAAUAUGAAAAAGUUUUCAGAGAACUUUACAAUACUUCUAUUUCAUUAUGAUGGCCAAACAACUGAGUGGGAUGAGUUUGAGUGGUCAAAGCGGGCAAUUCAUGUGAGUGUUCGCAAACAGACUAAAUGGUGGUAUGCCAAACGGUUUCUGCAUCCAGACAUUGUGGCACCAUAUGACUAUAUUUUUAUAUGGGAUGAAGACCUGGAUGUUGAACAUUUUAAUGCAGAGAAAUACUUAACACUUGUGAAGAAGCAUGGAUUGGAAAUUUCGCAGCCUGGUUUGGAACCUAAUAAAGGGUUGACAUGGCAAAUGACAAAGAGAAGAGGUGAUCGUGAAGUUCACAAAGAAACGGAAGAGAAACCAGGAUGGUGUAGUGAUCCCCAUCUGCCUCCUUGUGCAGCGUUUGUUGAGAUUAUGGCUCCAGUUUUUUCACGUGAUGCAUGGCGUUGUGUGUGGCAUAUGAUUCAGAAUGAUUUGGUCCACGGGUGGGGCCUGGAUUUUGCUCUUAGAAAAUGUGUUGAGCCUGCGCAUGAGAAGAUUGGCGUUGUUGAUUCUCAGUGGAUUAUUCAUCAAAGUGUUCCCUCACUAGGGAAUCAGGGAGAAUCAGAAUCUGGGAAGGCACCAUGGCAAGGGGUGAGGGAAAGGUGUAAAAAGGAGUGGACAAUGUUCCAGAGUCGGUUGGCAAAUGCAGAAGAUGCAUACUACAAGGCCGUGGGAGUAGACAUGUUCAAUUCAACUACUCCUUAACGACAGAACCUGACUUGUACACAUCCAUCACCAUUGUUGAGUUCGAUUUUGCAUAAUAUAUAGUUUUUUUCUUAAGUUUGGAAGUUACUUGCACUUGUAACUCAGAGUCCUAAACAACAGUUCAACGUGGGAUUCCAGUGUUAAAAGUUAGAGAAUUAGAUAAUAUACGUAAAUGAAACUUACUGUAAGUAGUGUAUUUGAUUAUAUAAUAUUCUUUGUUUUAGGAA